AUGGCGCAUCAAGCUUGCCCAGUCUCUCACGCAGCCCUGAAACGACUAGAGCUGACGACUGGCCCUUCCCAUAAGGUGUUCAUACCAAAUUACAAUGCAGCACAACUGACUUUCUCACUACAGCGACAGCAAUCCAGCUCUUUCAUUCGCGAGCCUCUUGUUCUGGUAAUUCAUAAAGACAGCAAGCUCCUAAUCUCCAUCCGAUUGACUGAUGUUCUGCGGAAUGCAAGCAUUGCAUCUCAUGUGAUAUCAGCCGAACCAUCAGCAUCAAUCGUAUGCGUAAAAGUCCCCAGCCCGGACUGCACAGUCACCGCGCACUUCGAAAAUGCCAGGGACUUCCACGUCUCCGUCUACGUUCUCGAAAGAGCUGGGUUCGCUGUCAAUGGCAAUCUCCGACCUUCUCUUAGCUUCAUCGAUCCGAUACUCCGCCCAAGCUCUGAAAAUCUCGCUCCUAUAAGACUAUCAUCACUAACAACUUUCCCGUCCAUGAGCCAGCCGGAGGUUUUCUCCCAGAACCCGGUCGCCAGUCGUAGCCACACCGAUCCUUCUGCGAGUAAUUUGGUACUAAGGACAGAGUCGGUCCCAACUCAAAAUUUUAGCAGCUCAAUUCCAUCGACCGUGGCGUCGCAAUAUGCCGUUGAUCUCAAUCCAUACAGCCACUUCGCUGCCACUAGAGUGAGCGCAGCCUCUCCGGCCCAUGAUUAUCACUCGAGAAGCAAUUCUCUGUUGGAUGCUAGUCAAACGGGUGCUAGCAAAAUUGCUUCGCCCUUGCAUACUCGGUCAAAAGGAACUUCAGCAAUACCGCAUUCUAGGACGGACCCGCCCCUUACAAUGCACAGCAAUGAUGACACUUUAAGAAACAGGCUUGCUGUUGAGCAGCUUGACGACGAUUCUUUGAAGAAAGCCUCUGACUUCCGACAAUAUAUGCCUCAGGUGCGAAGGCUACCAUUCGUGCAGACAAAGCGUAAAGCAAGCGACAUCAACGCGGCUGAGAAGCCCGCCGUCGAGCGCACAGUCCUCGACAGUUUGAAUUCGGAAACAGAAACCGGAAGCGACGCGGUUAUUGGUCAACCAGCCAAGAAAGAAAAAUUGAACAAGAAAGUCACAGAAGUGAGGGCGACUACAAAAAUUCAGCCUCAGAAGCCGCCACGAACCAAGGUUCAAUCGAGAAGCCGCCAUAAAACUGUGACCAGAGAAGAUACAAAGAGACCAGCGCUGAAAAUGUUACCAGUAAAACCAGCCAGCAAUAUCCUUUCUCCCACUUCGAAACUAUCUGCAAAGACAAUAUCACCAAAACCUUCGGCUUGCGCAAACCGAAAGGAAAAGCGGCCACCAGAGAAGGUGGCCUGUGCAAGCGAGAGCCGUGCGAAGAAGAAUCAAUCUAGAAAGCAAGCCACGAGCGCCACAUCAGCACCAAUAUGUCUCAAGCCGAUCGAAAAACGGAAGCCUACCAAGUCUACCAAGUCUACCAACACGAAAGGUACAGCGGGUUCCUCGAGUUCAAUGCCCGAUAACGCCGCGGACUUGGCAGAAGCAGGCUCACGCUCGCCAGAAAACAAGACUGGUUCAAAAAAAGAAGUCGAAUGUCCUAGUCAUGAAGCCAAUAUUUACAAAGGGAGUUCGCAGGUAGCCGAGGCUGAAACUAAUUCUACACUCCUAAUCACGGAAUCUGCAGUUCUCGACGCCUUGAAGAAGAUGUCCUGGCAAAUAAUAGAUCAGUACGAAGCAGAUCUUUCUUACGGCGCAAACAGGUUCGAGAUCGCUCAAUACUAUGUGGACAAUCUAUACAAUACUCGAUUUGACUUUUGGCAUGGUAAAUUGGCAGAGCUAGACAAUGUUGUUCCUUUCCAUGCCGGACAGAUGAUAUAG